UCGGGGUGGGCUGCGGGCUGGGGGUGGGAGCCAUGGACUCGGCGCCAGCCUUCGCCAUGGACAAGCCGUUCGCCCCCGGCGCCGUGCGCGGCCCGGAGCCGCCCGAAAACGCUCAAAGCCGGAAAAACUUCAGCGUGAGCCACCUCCUCGACCUGGAGGAGGUGGCGGCCGGUAUGAACGGGACCCCCGCGGCCGGUCCGCCGCCCGCCGGUAGCGGCAAGGCCAUCCCGGAGCCGUCGGGAGGCAGCAGCGGCAGCGAGGCAGCGCCCCAGGACGGUGAGAGCCUGAGCCCAAGCUGCGGGGCAGCCAAGAGGAAGAAGAAGCAGAGGAGGAACCGCACCACCUUCAACAGCAGCCAGCUGCAGGCUCUGGAGAGGGUCUUCGAGAGGACGCACUACCCCGACGCCUUUGUGCGGGAGGAGCUGGCGAGAAGGGUCAACCUCAGCGAGGCCAGAGUCCAGGUGUGGUUUCAGAACCGGAGGGCCAAGUUCCGCCGUAAUGAGAGGGCGAUGCUGGCCAACAGAUCGGCAUCGCUGCUCAAAUCCUACAGCCAAGAAGCAGCCAUUGAGCAGCCCAUGGCACCACGGCCCACUGCACUGACCCCGGAAUAUCUCUCUUGGACCAGCACCUCCCCAUACAGCACUGUGCCCUCCUACAGCUCCAGCGGGACCGCAACACCCACCCAAGGGGUGAACAUGGCCAACAGCAUCGCCAGCCUGCGCCUCAAAGCCAAAGAGUUCAGCCUCCAUCAGAACCAGGUGCCGACCGUGAACUGAGCAGGGCAAACCCCAUCCCAUGGCCUCCUCCAGGAUACAGCGUGGAGCUCCUGUGCCGGUCCAGGACAAAUCCGCUGCCUGCCCAACACACAUGCCACUCAUCCAAUGUCUCCGCAUCUUCUCUCCUCUUCCCUUCCCUUCUGAAGGUAGAGUCAGUCCCAGGCCGAAGUGGCACAUAAUUAUAGCCACAUAUGGAGCGAACUUGGUUAGAAACUUGCUUUUCGCACACCCUUAUAAUAACGGCUAUAUAUACACACAUACCCCCCACGCGCUCUUUGAGGACAAACAGACUUGCCAAGGGAACAAGAAUUUGCUUCCAAACAUGGAAGGAUCUUGGACUAUUGGAUUUGACCAAUUUGGGUAUCUUGCCCAGAGAGCCAAAGAGUUAUUGGGUCUUCUCCUCCCGCAGGGACAGCGUGGGAGGAUCAUGAGCCCCUCUUUCCACCGGGCUGUGACUUGCGGCGCUCAACUGUGCGUGCCAAAGCUGAUCCAUGUGUUCAUUUCUUUGUGCAACCCCAGCCGCAGUGUGGGGUUUAGGACUUCCUAAAGUUUGGGACUUUGGGAAGCUGAUGGCUCACCCAUGCCAUGGCCAGUCUAGGCCAGCCCUCUGCACUGUGCUGCCUGCAUUUAGGAGCUGCCUAUGCUGAUGGCAUCAGGCUUUGUCCCUUCCCAGAGGGGCAGGCAGAGCUGGAGCAUCUCAACAGACCUGCUUGGAGCCUCUGAGCUCUCCUGUGAGCUGGGGAUGCAUUGCCAAUCCCCAUGCAGGCACCGCUGCCCUGCCUCGGUGGAUUUGCCAGUGAUUCUGCAGAGCCCCAGGUCAUUGAACCGUCCCAGGGAGAGAGAAAAUUGGAAAAAGCUGUUGGGUUUCAGCUGAGUAGGCGGCUCCCAGUGCUUCGUGCCAACGAAGGCUUCGCCUUCCGGAGGCACAGCCUCCCCGUCGGCAGCUCCGCAGAUGUGCUCGGGGGUCUGGGACCGGCAACUCCAUGGGGGAGGCUUUUUUGGUUUUGCAGAAAGGAAAUGGUUUCCCCCUCAUCCCACCCUGCUGUGCAGCCUAAUGAGGCUCCAAGGUGGGAUGUGCAGGGGGAUGGACACGGGGUGGGCAACCUGGCCCCAGCCCAUGGGACUGAGCUGCGGAGAGACGCAGCCUCCACCUUCCCCUGCCAAUUCCGCAGCAAUGGGGAAUGAGCCGGAGUGGUGGGGGUGUGGUGUCCCUGUGGACAAAGCCCACUGGAAACCAGACCACCCUUUCCUCACCCACUGGAAAGAGCCACCAGCCAAGCAUGGGGAUACCACCAACUCAGAGGGGUGGCCUGGACAGUGAAGACACCAGCCCUACUUCCCUAGAAGGGGUUGGUUUGGGGGCUGCAGCAAUAGAUCUGAGGACAAAUAGAGUAAUUGCUGAAGUGCCUCCUCCACGUAAACAUCCUCUGCUCAGUGACACCAAGGCUGAAAGUGUCACAGCUACAGAGUGCCCACCUGAGUCCCCACAGCUCCCAGGAGCAUCCUCUCCCAUUCCCACUGGGGCUCUCACUGCAGCUGCAUGUGGGACCCAGUGGCUGUGACACUGGAGCCUUCAGCUGCACUGCAGGGCAAUGCCAGCCUGGGGGGGACUCACCCACCACCUGGAGCUCCACCCAGACCUGGUGGGAGAACCAGGAGAGGAGCCUAUCUCCUCUUGCUGGGGGUGAACCACCCUCCAUCCUGCCUCCAGCCCCUGCUUUCUCUGCUCCACAGUGCAGCCCCUAGUUGGGAAUAGUUACCUUCUCCUCCUCAAGCUUGGCAGGCAGGGAGAGGGCACAGCCUGAUUGACGCUGUCCACCUCAUCCAGGGAGCAGUGUCACCCUAAAUACCCACCCUCUGCCCCCAUCCACAUUUCCAGGGCUGGUAUCCCUCCCAUUUGUCAUGCCAGAAGAAGAGCACGCAGCUCCCCACACUGCACAGAGACCUGCCAAGCCAGGGGGGAGAGGGAUCCACUGUGGAUCAAAUCAUCCUCCCUAAGAAACACCACUUGGGGCAGGAGGAGGAGGCCGGGAGGGUCCUAUUCCCAUGGAAAGCACAAGGCUCUUUUUUCGGUUAUACAAGAUGAAACCACAGGGAUAUAAAUGUCACUGCCUCUUUGAGAACAUUAAUGAAAAUAAACCCAUUUAAUAGUUUGCAGAUGCUGUUUCUGUAAACCUAAAAAAAGCAGGGAAUAAAUAUUUCUUCACUAAAUAUCUAUAUGUAUAUAUAUAUUUGAAAACAUUUGCUCCUAAUCUUAGGCCCCCUCCUUUGCUGUGCUUUUGGCAGCUUAUCACAGCUUGUCACUCAAUGCUGAACUCACCAAGAAGAGAUACAAAUUGCACCCAUGGAGGGGUAGCAGGACCGAGGGAUUAUUGUAAUCUAAGCUCUCUCUCGCCCUUUCUAUUUGUACAUUUCAAUUACUUGUAACAAGAUCCAUGGUGGAUUUGUUUUUUUCUUCUGCAUGUCUGUGUUUUGGAAAUUUUUGUAAGGUUUUUGUAAAAACAACUCUUGUGAAAUAAUGGAGGAAUAAAUAUUUUACUGAGUA